UUCCCUUGAAGAUUGGCACUGCGGCGCACACGGCGAUGACAAAUCCCCCGCGGUCCCCGAGCAUGGCCCUGGUGUCGCAUCAAGCUUGACCACAGGGCGGCAUCAUAUCUUGGAACGAUAAGAGCUUGCAGCCAGUCAGCACGAGAGUUCAGUCACCGUGUGCGCGGGACGACCAUGGCCGUCGGUGGUUUCGCGGCCGCCGGCGGCGGGGGCGAGGACGCGGGGCGGCGGUACGGCGGCGGGGUCACGGCGUUCGUGGCGCUGUCCUGCGUCACGGCGGCCAUGGGCGGCGCCAUCUUCGGCUACGACAUCGGGACCGCGGGCGGCGUGUCGUCCAUGGACCCGUUCCUGCGCGCCUUCUUCCCGGACGUGUACCGCCGGAUGAAGGCCGGCGGCGGCGCCGCGCGCGCCAGCAACUACUGCCGGUUCGACAGCCAGCUGCUGACGCUCUUCACCUCCUCGCUCUACAUCGCCGGCCUGCUCACCGCCGUGCUCCUUGCGUCGUGGGUCACGGCGCGCCGCGGGCGCCGCCCGUCCAUGGCCCUCGGCGGCGCCGCCUACCUCGCCGGCGCUGCGGUCAGCGGCGGCGCCGCCAACGUGUCCAUGGCCAUCCUCGGCCGCGCGCUGCUCGGCGUCGGCCUGGGGUUCGCCAACCAGGCCGUGCCGCUGUACCUGUCCGAGAUGGCGCCGGCGCGUUACCGGGGGAUGUUCAGCAACGGCUUCCAGUUCAGCCUGUGCCUGGGAGCUCUCCUCGCGACGGUCGUCAACUACGGCGCCGCGAAGAUUGCGGCGGGGUGGGGCUGGAGGCUCUCGCUGGGCCUGGCAGCGGUCCCCGCCGCGCUGCUCACCGUCGGCGCCGUCUUCCUGCCGGAGACGCCCAACAGCCUCGUCCAGCAGGGCAAGGACCGCGGCGAGGUGAGGGCGCUGCUGCAGAAGAUCAGGGGCACCGACGCCGUCGACGCCGAGCUCGACGACAUCGUCGCGGCCAGCGCCACGGCGCAGGAGGGCGGCGCCGGCGGCCUGCGGAUGCUCCUGACGCGGCGGCGGUACCGCCCGCAGCUGGCCAUGGCCGUCCUGAUCCCGUCCUUCACGCAGCUCACCGGGAUCAACGCCAUCGGGUUCUACGCGCCGGUGCUGCUGCGCAGCAUUGGCAUGGGCGAGAGCGCGUCGCUGCUCUCCACCAUCGUGCUGGUCGUCAUCUCCUCCGCCGCGACGCUCGCCUCCAUGUUCGCGGCCGACCGCUUCGGCAGGCGGACGCUCCUCCUCGCCGGCGGCGCGCAGAUGCUCGCCGCCGAGGUGCUCAUCGGCGCCCUCAUGGCGGCGAAGCUCGGCGACGAGGGGGGGCUCGGCAGGGCCUACGCGCUGGCCCUCCUCUUGCUCAUCGGCGUCUACUCGACGGGGUUCGGCUGGUCGUGGGGCCCGCUCAGCUGGCUGGUGCCCAGCGAGAUCUUCCCGCUGGAGGUCCGGUCGGCCGGGCAGAGCGUGACGGUGGCGUCGGGCUUCGUGUUCACCAUCCUCGUCGCGCAGUUCUUCCUGGCCAUGCUGUGCCGGAUGAAGGCGUGGCUCUUCUUCUUCUUCGCCGGGUGGAUCGCGGUGAUGACGGCGUUCGUGUACCUGCUCUUGCCGGAGACGAAGGGGCUGCCCAUCGAGCAGAUUGACAAGGUGUGGGCGGAGCACUGGUUCUGGAAAAGGGUCAUAGGGGCGGAUGAAGCACAGGCAAGCGAGAAGCUGUAAAAGGUUUCAGCCGUUUAUACUGUACAUUUUUACAGUGCACUGAAUUGUUAAGUUGGUCGGAUGAGAUUUAUACGAUGUAGCCAAACUUUUGAUAUUUUGACUAUCUACAAUACUUUUAUAUUUCCAAUCCAAAAUUUAUCUCUA